AAGAUCAAACAAACUGUAAGAGCACAGGCUUUAUAACUCAGUCUAGUUUAAGAAAAGAGGAACAACAGCUGUCUGAAGAGAGACUUCAAGACCAUGGAACAGAACGGUGUAUUUUUGUGGAUUUGUGGUUUUGCAAUAGUUGUCUGUGGGAAUCAAGAGACUUUACAACAACCUCCCAUUAGCGCUAAACUCCCGUCAUUGAUAAACAUGAACAACGAUUUUGCUUUUCACCUGUACAAGAGGCUUAUAGAAUCGCCUGACUAUCAGUCUAAAAACAUCUUCUUCUCUCCGUUCAGUGUGUCUAUGGCCCUUUCUGAGCUUUCUUUAGGAGCCGGUGGAGACACCAAACAGCAGCUUCUCAGUGGCAUUGGCUACAGUAGUGCAAUCUUCAGCACUGAGGAAAUGCACCAGCUGUUUCACAGUCUCCUGGAAGACAUCGGCAAUAGGACAGGAGUGGACAUCGAUGUUGGCACUGCUCUUUAUGCAAGCGACCGAUUUAAGCCUCAUUCCAAGUUUCUGGAGGACAUGAAGGAGUUUUACCACUCUGAUGGCUUCACUGUAGAUUUUAGUGUCAAAGAAACAGUCGAUCAAAUUAAUAAAUAUGUGGAGGAAAAAACACAUGGAAAAAUCAAUCAAGCUGUUGAUGAUCUGGAUGCGGAUACUUUUAUGGUACUUCUCACAUACAUAUAUUUUAAAGGAAAAUGGGACAAGCCUUUUAACCCAAAAACAACCAGCGAGAGUACAUUUCAUAUAGAUGAUAAGACCACCGUUCCAGUGCAAAUGAUGCAUCAGUAUGAACGUCUCAAAGUCUAUUAUGAUGCUGAACUGUCCACUAAAGUCCUCUGUCUUGACUACAACGAUUCCUUCUCCAUGUUUCUGGCUGUCCCAGAUGUUCACAUGGGGCGAAAAACCAUCAAAGAUCUAGAGAUGACAGUCUCUAGACAGCACGUUGAAAAGUGGAGGAGAAGUGUAUCUGAACGAAAAGUUGACAUCUACGUCCCCAAGCUUUCUCUGAAAACAUCAUACUCCCUAAAGGAUAUUUUGAAGGGAAUGGGAAUGGCUGAUAUGUUUUCAGAUAAAGCCGACUUUACAGGAGUUUCAGAGGAAAAGAUCUACGUUUCAAAAGUUUUGCAUAAAGCCACUCUGGAUAUCGAUGAGAAAGGAACCACCGCAGCAGCAGUGACAACAGUUCAUUUAAGAUUUAUGUCCUACAGCCCAAUGAGUGAUUUGAGUUUUGAUCGCCCAUUCAUGAUCUUUAUCACGGAUCAAACAAAUGACAACAUCCUUUUCGUUGGGAAAGUGGUCAACCCAAAUGAAAAACUAUGAUGUGGCCCACAAGAUGUUAAAACAAUGUUAACCAGUAGGUGGAAACCAUUUAACAACUGCUGUGCCAUAUAUUGCUGACUUCCUGCAGAGUUCAGUUCUUAUUGUUAUAAAACAGCUGGAUCAGCUAAUGUAGGUGAUGGUGGGAAAUAAAAUGCAAAAAACUGGACUUGCAACACAGGGUGCCAUGCAGACUUUGUGAGAUUAAUUUAAUCUUACCCACCAAAUGACAACUGUUAUAUAAUUUUAUUUCAUUUAUUUACUACUGAUUUGAUUACUUUCAUACAUCACACAUUUUGUGUUCAAUAACUCAACUCUGGAUGGAAAAUAAGGAGCUAAAAUAACGAUACAAAAACAAAUUGCUGAACUUCACUCACAGUAGAAGAACACAAAACCUUUUUCUUAAAGGUGCAGUAUGUAAGUUUGACCCAGUAGUUGAACUAGGAUAUUGCAUUCCUGGAUCAAAGUACAUGCAAAUGCAGGUUGCCAGAUUGAGGACCAACAGGAGAGAGUCUGACGAUCAGGCCUAAAGGUUGAUUUAAACCGUGUUCUAAAUAAAAGCAGCGGCAUAUGAAAGAAGAAA